AUCAUACUUUCUCUUCACUGUAAACUUGGUUCUUCAUUUCUAUAAUGGCGUCAGCUGAUGUUGAAAACUGUUGCGUUGUUACAGGUCUAGGUCCAGAAACUGAUGAGAGCUCUCUUAAGACCGCCUUCUCUAAGUACGGAGAAGUUAUUGAUGCCAAGAUCACUAGCGAUAGUGAUAAUGGAUUUCCAAAGGGGAUCGUCACUUUCAAGGAUGAGAAAUCCAUGAAGGAUGCCAUCGAAGGGAUGAGCGGACAGCAGCUCGAUGAUUACACCAUCACCGUGAAGGAUGCUGGGGGUGAUGAUGACGAGGGUAGCUACUACAUCGCUGUUGACGGUUCAAGACGCAAGGGCCGUGGAUCCUGGGUUGAUGGAGCUGAUUACAGAGUAGGUUGAGAUUAUGACUGUUCCAUUUCUGCGUGUUGCGUUUGGUUUUCUGUUUUUUUUUUGUGUCUCAUGUUUGGUUCUGCUUAUGGUUCUAUGUAACAGUUUGUAAUAACCUCGUGAAUGUGUUUCUCUGCUUGUAAUAGCCUCUGUUCCAUCUACGAGAUUCAAAAAAAAUAAAUCUUCUGCACUUCUAGGAACCACUUAUCCGUGAAAAUAAGGUUUUUU